CUGGAAUUUGGGAAUCCCCUCGAGUUUUGGGGUGGGUUUUGGUCGCCCCGGGUUUCGGGGUGCGUUUCGGGUUCCUGCCGGGUUUCGGGGUGGGAUUUGGGGUGCCCUGACCCCCGUGCCCCCCCCCAAUUCCCAGAUUACCACGGCGGCCGCUCCCGCAGGAAGAGCGUUCCCGGGGGGAAGCAGUUCAGCAUCAACAUGGACGCGCCGCCCGCGCCCCCCUUCCGGCCCUCGGUGAGCGCCCGGCGCCGCGGCGACCCCAGACCCCCGUCAUCCGUCGCCAUGGUUACUGUGAUCCUCCCAUUGUUGCCGUGGUCGCCGUUGUCACCCAACAGCCGUUGCCAUGGUUACUGUGAACCUCGCAUCCUUGCCGUGUUCGCCGUUGUCACCCAACAGCCGUUGCCAUGGUUACCGUUGUCACCCAUCACCUGCUGCCAUGGUUACAAUGGUCCCAGCAUGCCUGCUGCCGUGGUUACCGUUGUCACCCAUCACCUGUUUCCAUGGUUACCAUUGUCCUCCAUUUCCAUGGUUACCGUGGUCCCCCAUCACCUGUUGCCAUGGUUACCAUUGUCAUCCAUUUCCAUGGUUACCGUUGUCACCCAUCACCUGUUGCCAUGGUUACCAUUGUCCUCCAUUUCCAUGGUUACUGUGGUCCGUCAUCGGGGAUGGCCACCUGGCAUUGAUCCAGCCGGGCUAGGGCCAGCCCAGCUGCGGUCCCGAGCUGCUCCACGGGCAUUGCCGCUCCGCCGCUGUCCUGACCACGAGAUGUCCAUGGGCGCUGACCCCCGGCCCCCCGCCCCGCAGGACAACAGCCGUCGCGUGGACAACGUGCUGAAGCUGUGGGUGAUCGAGGCGCGCGACCUGCCGCCCAAGAAGCGCUACUACUGCGAGCUGUGCCUGGACGACAUGCUGUACGCCCGCACCACCAGCAAGGCCCGCACCGACAACGUCUUCUGGGGCGAGCACUUCGAGUUCAACAACCUGCCGGCGGUGCGCACCAUCCGCCUGCACCUCUACAAGGACACCGACAAGAAGAGGAAGAAGGACAAGAGCAACUACGUGGGCAUGGUGAGCAUCCCCAUCGCCAGCGUCACCGGGCGUCACUUCGCCGAGCAGUGGUACCCCCUGAGCCAACCCAGCGGCAGCAAGAGCAAGGCCGGCUGUCCGGCGCUGCGGGUCAAGAGCCGCUUCCAGACCAUGAGCAUCCUGCCCAUGGAGCUCUACAAGGAGUUCGCCGAGUACGUCACCAACAACUACCGCAUGCUGUGCGCCGUGCUGGAGCCGGUGCUCAGCGUCAAGAGCAAGGAGGAGGUGGCCUGCGCGCUGGUGCACAUCCUGCAGAGCACCGGCAAGGCCAAGGACUUUCUGUCGGACAUGGCCAUGACGGAGGUGGAUCGUUUCAUGGACCGGGAGCACCUGAUCUUCCGGGAGAACACCUUGGCCACCAAAGCCAUCGAGGAGUACCUGAAGCUCAUCGGCCAGAAAUACCUCAAGGACGCCAUUGGCGAGUUCAUCCGGGCGCUCUACGAGUCGGAGGAAAACUGCGAGGUGGACCCCAUGAAGUGCUCGGCCUCCACUCUGGCCGACCACCAGGCCAACCUGCGCAUGUGCUGCGAGCUGGCGCUCUGCAAGGUGGUCAACUCGCACUGCGUGUUCCCGCGGGAGCUGAAGGAGGUGUUCGCCUCGUGGCGGCUGCGCUGCGCCGAGCGCGGGCGCGAGGACAUCGCCGACCGCCUGAUCAGCGCCUCGCUCUUCCUGCGCUUCCUGUGCCCCGCCGUGAUGUCCCCCAGCCUCUUCGGCCUCAUGCAGGAGUACCCCGACGAGCAGACGGCGCGGACCUCCAUGGACGUGCCCCGCCUGCCGUCCCCGCCGCAGGAGAAGGGCCCUCCGGAGGUGCUGGUCCUGAGCCGCCCGCCGCUCGCCCGCUCCUCGCCCGCCUACUGCACCAGCAGCUCGGACCUCACCGAGCCCGAGGGCGGCCGCGGGGGCGCGCUGGGGGUCGGCAAGAGCGUGUCCAUGCUGGACCUGCAGGACGGACGCGUGGACAGCAUCCCCAGCCUGCCGGCCGAGCUGCUGGCCGGGGGCGCGACCCCCGGGGCCGCCGGCCAGGGUGGGCUGCGACCCGGGCGCCUCUCGCAGGGCAGCGCGUCCAGCCUGGCACCGCCGCGCCUCGGGGUGCCCGAGCCCGGGGCUCCGCAGCUGCGGGUGCCGCUGUCCUUCCAGAACCCUCUCUUCCACCUGGCCGCCGACGGACCCCUGCGCGGCCCCGACGGCGGCGGAGGGAGCGGUGGGAGAGGCGAGGGGGGCGGCGGAGACGGGGGACACUUCGGGGCCGUCGCCCCGCCGCCGCUGCACGGUUACAGCAAGAGCGAGGAGCUGGCGAGCCCUCCCCAAAAACACAUCACGCACAGCCACAGCUACAGCGACGAGUUCGGCCGGCCGGGCGGCGACUUCGGCCGCAGGCAGCUGUCGCUCCAGGACACGCUGGCCCCACCGCAGAUCACCAUCGGGGCUCCCCCGCCGCCCACCCCACGGGGGUCGCGGCCCGGGAAAGGGGCCGGGGGUCCCUCGGCGCUGGGGGUGCCCCAAAAGCCGCGUCCGGCCAGCGGGAACCUGCUGGCAUCGCCCGAGCCCGCCUACGGGCCGGCGCGCUCCCGCCAGCCCUCGCUGGCCAAGGAGGCCUCGGUGGCCGGGAUGAAGCCGCCCGUCACCAAGCAG